CUCAGCGUUUGGAUUGUGCUUACCACCACUGUCCAGGCCUUGUCCCCCAGUACUGGGUCAGGGUUGGUUCAUGGGUAGAGGUCAUGAGACUGGGCAGCAGGGAAGGACAUGGUAGGCUUGGACUGGCUGCAGGGCCACUUCCCAGCCCUCCUGCUCUGCCCUGCAGUUCCAGGGCAUCUGGUACAUAGUUGGGGCUGUGUCAGACGACCAGAGCUUCCAGGACUCCAAGGACAACAUGAAGAUGCCCAUGGUCUUAGUGACCCUCUUGGCCAAGGGCGACCUGGAUGUCAAGUUUGGGUACCCCACGUAAGUGACCCCACCAGCCUCACCUGUGAUUCAGGUGAUCUACCUGAGACAAAGGCCAGUGUGAGGCCACGUAAAGGCCAGCAGGAACCAGCGGUGUCCCUAACAGAGCAGGGGGACAGACUACAGGCUCCUGUUGGCCUGGGCUGCCAAGACCCAAAUAGGAGCCACAGCACGAUUGCUGCCCAGAGGGAGCCAGGUAUCUGCAAGUCCUCCUGAGGCCUGGGUGUUGAAGCCAGAGCGACUGCAUGUCUGUGCACAUGUGCACACACGUGUGUGCAUGUGUGCCUGUGCAUCUGUGUAUGUCCUGUGUGUGAGUCCGUUUCCGUGUCCUCUGUGUGCAUGUGUUUCUGUGCAUGUGAAUGUGUCUGUGCACCUGUAUGUGCUCUGUGUGUGUGUCCUGUGUGCAUAUGUGUGUCUGUGUGUGCGAGAGGGGAGACCUGAGGCCCUGACCCCACACUGCCUCCACUCCAGGAGGACUUCCCUCCCCCGUAAGACAUGAGCACCUGCAUCCUGAAAAGGUUGAGGUGAACAGGGGACCCUGCUGAGGCUCUGCCCGGGCAGCGUCCUCAGGACACCCACAGGGUUGGGACUGCCAGAGAGGGCAAGGCAGGCCCCCGGCCUGGGCACCAGCAGGGCUGCGGCUCAAGUGUGGGCAGCUCCUCCCCAGGCCAGACGGCGGGUGCCAGAAGAUAAGCACGACCUUCAGCAAGGGCGCAGUGGACGGGCAGUUCAGCAACCCAGCCAUGGCCCAGACUGACAUCCGCGUGCCUUUCACGGACUACAAGAACUUCGCCAUCAUGUACUUCGAGACGCAGAAGGGGGGCGUGCGGAACGUCUGGCUGCAGCUGUACGCCCGCGUCCCAGAGCUGUUUCCUGAAGGUGCCCAGAAGAUGCAACUGCUGGCACCCCGCGUGGGUCUGAACCCCAGCCAGGGUGCCAUGCUACCCAAAUCCGACCAGUGUGCGGGCGCACUCUCGCCGGUGAGUGCGGGGCUGCGCUGAGGGCCUGCCCUGGGACGGUCGCCAGGGUCAAGUGCCCACGCACACAAGCAGCAGUGGUGGGCAGUGCAGCCCCGGGAGGGCCCAGGAGGCCUGAGACACCAGGCCUGCAGCUGCUCCUUUUCUUGCAGUGAGGGAUCCAGCCCUGGAGUGCCCGCGGGGGUCUUGCCCUGUUUCUGUCCACAGCCCCCCAAGCACAA